UUCUAAAUACCAACGUGCAUCUUCCCGAUGAAGUCCAUGCAGCUUUGUUUGUUUGUCACCCUAUUGGUCGUGGUUGCAGUGAUGGCCGACGAUGAGGAUUUUGGCUGUUCUGCCAAUGAAUAUUGGCAUGAGUGCGGUGUCGGAUGUCAGCCGCACUGUUAUGGCCCACUGCUUCCUCCGUGCGAUGAACCGUGUAAAGCCGGCUGCAUCUGCAAACCCUGGCACGUUCGUGAAAGCAAAGAGGGUGGAGAAUGCAUCAAACAUGAGGAUUGUAAAGAAGAAGGCUUUCUGUUCAGCAACUAAUAAAUCAAACCAAUUGUACUGAUUAUAA